GUCACAGGAUCCCCAUGGCCCUAGGAGCACUGUGUCCCUGGAGCCUGAGGAUGCUGUGCCCACGGCCUUACGGUUGCAGUGUCCCCAUAGCCCCAGGAUGUGAUGUCUCCAUGCCCUUAGGACACGGUGUCCCCAUGACUGCUGGGUCAGCAUGCCCUAUGUGAUGUCUCCAUGGCCUUAGGACACAAUGUCCCUAUGGCCCCAAGGACCCGAUGCCCUAUAGGCUUCCCCCCUUGACUCCCACUGUAUCCCCAGGUCGAGCCCCACGUCGCACUGCCCGCCAGGUCCCCGAGGAGCUGCUGAAUAAUGAAGAGCUGCGGGAGGCAGUGGGGGCUCUGCCUUCCAACUACAACUUUGAGAUCCCCAAAACCAUCUGGAGGAUCCGGCAGGCAGGAGCCAAAAAAGUGGCCCUGCAGAUGCCGGAGGGGCUGCUCAUGUUUGCCUGCACCAUUGCAGAUAUCAUUGAGCGGUUUACAGAUGCUGAGGCGGUGGUGAUGGGCGAUGUGACGUACGGCGCGUGCUGCGUGGAUGACUACACGGCGCGGGCUCUGGGUGCUGACUUCUUGGUGCACUAUGGACACAGCUGCCUGAUCCCCAUCGAUACCACGCGUGGUCUGAAGAUGCUCUACGUCUUCGUGGACAUCAAGAUUGACACGUCCCAUUUCCUCGACACGAUCCGCUUCAACUUCGCCGCAGGCUCUUCCCUGGCCCUGGUCAGCACCAUCCAGUUUGUGGCAGCAGUGCAGGCGGCCUCACAGGAGCUGCAGUCGCAGUACAAGGUGUGUGUGCCCCAGUGUAAGCCUCUGUCCCCUGGUGAGAUAUUGGGCUGCACAUCGCCCCGGCUUGCACGGGACACUGAUGCCAUUGUCUAUUUGGGGGACGGCCGCUUCCACCUGGAGUCCAUCAUGAUCUCCAACCCGGGGAUACCCGCCUACAGGUACGAUCCCUACAGCAAGGUCUUCUCACAGGAGCAUUAUGCCCAUGACCGCAUGCGAGAAGCCCGGCAGGCCGCCAUCCGCUCCGCCGCCCGUGCCCAGUGCUGGGGGCUGCUACUGGGCACCCUGGGGCGACAGGGAUCCCCUGCCAUCCUACAGCACCUGGAGUCACGGCUGCGUGCCCUGGGCCGGCCAUUCGUGCGGGUGCUGCUGUCUGAGAUCUUCCCUAGCAAGCUGCAGCUCUUUGACAGCGUGGAUGCGUGGGUGCAGAUCGCCUGUCCCCGGCUCUCCAUCGACUGGGGGGAGGCCUUCAACAAACCACUGCUGACACCCUAUGAGGCAGCGGUGGCUCUUGGGGACAUCGAGUGGCAACAGCCGUACCCCAUGGACUUUUAUGCCAGUCAGUCCCUGGGACCGUGGACGGCCAAUCGAUCAGCACGGCCAGCCCAGGAGAAGCCACUCACAACCUCCAGCCUGAAGAAUAGCACUGAGGGGUCCCGCAGUGCCCACUCGCCUGAGGACACGACCACCUCCUGAACAGAGUCCCGGUGGCCCCGCUGCCACCUGUGGGACUUGGCAUGGGUACGGCUG